AUGUUUUCAAUGUACAUUGAAAGUCGCGGUCAUAUAUCGUUCAUUGAGGUGUAUGUUCAAUUCGAACCGUCUGAAGCCGAUCGAAAUAUUGAACGGGAAGAUUACAACAGCGAUAGUGAGGAAGAGUUCGAAAGCAAUUACGAAGUUGUUGGUCCUGAUGGAGACGAAUACCAAGGUGACGGCACUGUGGCACCAAAUGAAGCUGACGUGGCAAAUGCACUCGAAAACGAACAUCCGUUUGAGGAGCCGUCUUUCAUGCAAGUUUUGGACUUGGAAGCCAUGCAUGCUCCGAAAUUUUCAGAGUAUAUGAAUGCAUCUGUUGUCAUGGCAGAAAUUCCUGUUGUCGCAGAUGGUGAAUUUGCCGUGGGUAUAGAAUUCAGUUUUAGGGAAGCUGUUAUUAGGGAGAUAAAAGAUUAUACUAUCCGAAGAGGUGUAGAUUACCGGGUGUAUAAGUCGGAGCCGCUGACAUUUUAUGCCAAGUGUACGCAGUAUGGGUCAGGUUGUGAUUGGCUUAUCUUAUCAGGGUUAGCAAGAUCAGUAGAAAAAGCAAUAAAGCCGUUGGUUAAGGUUGAUCCCUCGAUAAAGGUGAAAUCAGUUAUUGCGGAAGUGUCGUCGAAGUUCAACUACACCGUCAGCUAUCGAAAAGUAUGGUUAGCUAAGCAAAAGUUAGUGGAAAAAAUAUUUGGAGGUUGGAAAGCAUCGUACGAAACUUUGCCUAUAUGGUUUGAGGCCAUGUGUCAUAAGGAGCCAUCAGCAGUUCUUCACUUUGAGACUAUGCCUGCAUAUCAAGACGACGACUUGGUUAUGGAUAUCCAGGUGUUGCAUCGAGUCUUCUGGAGUUAUUACCCCUGUAUUAGAGCAUUCAGACAUUGUAAACCAGUUGUCCAAGUAGAUGAGACUCACUUGUAUGGAAAGUACAAGGGUUGUCUGUUGGUUUCAGUUUCACAGGAUGGAAACAACAAUAUCGUCCCAAUUGCAUUUGCUAUUGUGGAGGGAGAGACUUCUGAUGCAUGGCACUUUUUUCUGACUGUGGCCCGCAGUAACAGAGCUUGGUCACCUCCCAGAGCUUUUCACAUGUUUUGCAUCAGGCAUAUAGAGUCGAAUUUUUUGAAGAAGUUCAAGGCACCUUACCUACAGAAACUUGUCGUCAAUAUAGGAUAUUUGAGGAUAGUCUGCGAGUACGAAUUGCGUUACCAACGUUUAAGAGAAUGGGGCGAGGCUUACACAACCUGGCUAAACCGAAUCUCCCGUGAACAGUAUGCAUUGGCAUUCGACGGUGGUUACCGAUAG